AUGCUAGGUCUGCACGGUGGAUGGCAUGGGAAGGUUGACAUACUUGUCACAUGCAAGAAUGAAGAAUUACUACCUGUCUUUAUUGGAGAGUCAAUCGACGAUGAAAUUUUAGAAACUGAUGAAAACAUUGUGGACAAUUCUUUAGAUCAGAUUAUGGCAGAAGCAAUUGUUUUCUCAUUUUUUCAGCGUAAACAGUAUUUCGGAAGAUUAAAACAUAAUUUGAUUCCUAGCAUCGGAAUAAUCAGUGGCAGGUUAAUUGUCUUCAUGUAUGACUGCGAGAAUGAUGUUCUACUUGGAUCAAGUGUAAUGCCCCUGUUGAAUCAAGGUGGUAUCGCUGUCAGCAGUGUUAUUUCUCUCUGGUUAGUUCUGAACUACAAGCUGUUCGGUACAGGACUGAUUGAUGAGCUUAAAAGAUACCAGGCAAAUGUACACAGACUACUAGGGGAUGAAAAGCUUGAGGAAUACAGAACUAAAGUUUCUAUGCCUUUUAACAACACAUUUUGUCAAGAUAUAUCAUAUGAUCCAACAAGUUUUUUCAAUGAAGAUCCAAAAAGGAAAUUAAAUAGCUACCCUGAAGAUCAAUAUCCAGUGAAGAAACUGUUGAAGAAGCAAUGACAGUAGCCAUGAAUUUUUAACAUCAACUGCUGAAAAAUCAGAUAAUUUUUUAAGGUCAAAAUUUUGAGAAAUGAACAAUUCAGACUACUGGUCAAUGUGAAAUCUUCACAAAUUUAACGCAUCUUUCUGCUUAUGCCCAUAAGGUGGCAUAUGUCUGCGGUUUGAUUUCUUUUUAUGGACAGACUUCAAAAGAAUUUUGUGUUGCAUAUGAGGACAAUAAGCCCCAUGUUAUUAUAUUUGAAAGGAUUUUUUCCUUUAAGUGUUUUUUCUGUAAGUUGUAUUCUGUCAUUUCUGUAUAGAUUUUAAAGCAAUAUGCAAUGAUUGCAUUCAACAUAGUAACAAGUUGUCGCAGACAAAAAUCAGGUAUCAACAAGUAUGAUGAUUAUAAUUAUUUCAUAAAAGUAAAAACAUUGAUGAUCACGUCUGGUCAACAUUUCCACAAAUCCUAGAUGGAUUUUUGUAUUGACAUAAUUAUGUUGUGCAUACCAGGUGUCAGUGCAAGAACAAGGACUCCAAACUCAAAGGUCACACUUGUACGUCCAAAUUCUUGUUCAUAUUAGUGCAUUCAUGGACAAUUGUAACCAGGUUGAUAUUUCUAGAAUCCUAGAAUAAUAUGGUUUUUGAAAAUUAAUUAAAUUUAAUUUGAUUAAAUUACUUGAUACAAAUAUGUUAGAUAUGAUGGUGACACAUAGCGCACAAAUAUCGGGUCUGUAGCUCAACGGUUAGUGUCACACUUAUAAUGUCCUUUGUGGUUUAGGGAAACAUUCAAAUGCUUCAUGUGGUGCUGUUUUUAACCAGGUUUUCAACGAAAACCGGGUUAUUGUAAUGCCGAAGACGGCAGGCGGACGUCAACUUUUGGUUUCUGCUCAAUAACUUGAGUUUGCUUUGGCCUAUUGACACCAAACUUGGUGUGUAGGUAGCUUAUAUCAAGAGGCAGCUUGGGAUUGCUACCCAGAUGUCUGUGAUCAAGGUUAAUGUUACUAAAGAAUAGAUAUUCAGGUUCUGCUCAAUAACUUGAGUUUGAUUUGGCCUAUUGACACCAAACUUAGUGUAUGGAUAGCUUAUAUCAAGAGGCAACUUGUGAUUGCUACCCAGGUGUCUGUAAUCAAGGUCAAGGUCACUGUUACUAAAAAUAGAAAUUCAGUUUUCGCUCAAUAACUUGUGUUUGCAUUGGUCUAUUGACACCAAACUUGGUGUGUAGGUAGCUUAUAUCAAGAGGCAGCGUGGGAUUAAUAUCCAGGUGUCUGUGAUCAAGGUCAAGGUCACUUCCGAAAAAAGAAAUUCAGUUUCACCUCAAUAACUUGAGUUUGCUUUGACCUAUUGACACCAAACUUGGUGUAUGGAUAGCUUAUAUCAGAAGACAGUGUGGUAUUGCUACCCAGGCGUCUGUCAUCAAGGUCAAGGUCACUGUUUCUAAAAGAAAAAAAAUCAGUUUCAGCUCAAUAACUUGAGUUUGGUUUGGCCUAUUGACCCCAAACUUGGUGUAUGGGUAGGAUAUAUCAAGAGGCAGCUUGGGAUUGCUACCCAGAUGUCAGUGGUCAAGGUCAAGGUCAAUGAUACUAAAAAAGAAAUUCAGUUUCUGCUCAAUAAUUUGAGUUUGCUUUGGCCUAUUGACACCAAAAUUGAUGAAUGGAUAGCUUAUAUCAAGAGGCAGCUUUGGAUUGCUACCCAGGUGUCUGUGAUCAAGGUUAAUGUAUUCAGUUUUCACGUAAUAACUAGAGUAUGCUUUGACCUUUUGACACCAAACUUGCUGUGUGGCAGCUUUGGAUUGCCACUUAGAUAUCUGGGAGCAAGGUCAAGGUCAUUUGUUUUCACUAGAAUUUUCAGCUUCUACUCAAUAACUUCAGUGCACUUUGACCUAUUGAUUGCUAUCACAUCAAAACUUGGUCGUUGAAAACUUGGUUUUGUCGCAUUGCGGCACUUCUUGUAUAAUAGAGUAAAACUUCAAAAUGAAAAACAAGAAUGUUUGCGAAAAUUGUUUCCAGCACAUCAUACUUCUUUAAAGCGGCCUUUUAAAGUUAACAUGUUAUUUUAAGAUAAAUUGUUUCAUAUAAUUGUCAGAUCAAAAGAAUCUUGGAGGAAAAUGGAAUUUGCCAUUGA